GCCGACGCGCCGCAUAUCGAAAGGUGAAUUUGACAAACGCCUCAAAGUGACAGACAGUGGAGGGGGGGGGGGGCUGUGACUGACUGUACUGACUGUCUGCCGUUCACAGCUUCACUCAGAAACUAAAUGGCUUCCAGAUUAGAGGAUCUCUGCAGUCUGCACGGUGAGAAACUCCGAUUCUUCUGUCUGGACCAUCAGCACCCAGUGUGUGUCGUCUGCAAGGAUUCGGAAAAACACGCCAAACACAGGGUGAGAUUCAUCGAGGAAAGUGCAAAACGACGCAGGCAGAAGCUUCAGAAAACUCUGGAGCCCUUAAAGGAGAAGUUAAGGGUUUUUGAAAGUGAAAAAUCGAAGUUCGACCAAACGGCAGAGCACAUGAAGGUCCAGGUCCAACGCACGGAGAGGCAGAUUCGGGAGCAGUUUAAGAAGCUUCACCAGUUCCUAGAAGAGGAGGAGGGGGCCAGGAUGACUGCUCUGUGGGAGGAAGAGGAGCAGAAGAGUUGGAUGAUGAAGGAGAAGAUGGAGGCUCUGGUCAGAGAGACGACAGCUCAUUCAGACGCAGUCAGAGCCACAGAAGAGGAGCUGAGAGCGGAAGACAUCCAUUUCGUGCUCAACUACAAGGCUGCGGGGGAGAGAGUCCAGCAGCGCCUCCUGGUGGACGUUCCACAGCUGCCCCCAGGAGCUCUGAUAGACGAGGCCAAAAACCUGGGCAACCUGACCUUCAACGUCUGGAAAACGAUGAAGAGCAUGGUCUCCCACAAUCCUGUGGUCCUGGACCCAAACACCGCCAACCCAGGACUCAUCCUGUCUGAAGACCUCACCAGUGUGAGACCAGGAGAGGUACAGCAGCUCCCCGACAUUCCGGAGAGGUUUGAUCGGUCCUACUUUGUCCUGGGCUCGGAGGGUUUUAACUCGGGGACUCACAGCUGGGACGUCCAGGUCGGAGACAACACGGACUGGACACUGGGUGUGAUAGAGGAGUCUGUCCCGAGGAAGGGAGACAUACAUUCUGGAUUAUGGAGAAUAGGCUUCUACGAAGGUAAAUACUCUGCGUGGCCGCCGUCAGAUCCGAAGUCUGUUUUCCCGGAGCAGAAGACGUUCCAGAAGAUCAGAGUGAAUCUGGACUGGAACAAAGGGAAACUGUCGUUCUCUGAUCCUGACACUAAAACACACAUACACACCUUCACACACACUUUCACCGAGAGGAUGUUUCCGUGCAUUAACAUUGGUGAUCCCUGCACAGUGAAUCUGUUACCAGAUAAGGUCUCAGUUAAGCUGACAGUGGUACAGAAUAGGAAGAGAUGAAGAGGAGGAUUUUAUUUACCAUGUUGCUUAUUUCUCUUUAGCUUCUCACUGGUUUUUAUUUCCUUUUAUCAACAGUUUAAGAAGAAGAGUUUUAUUUCUGCUGUGUCAAAUGUUUCUACUUAUCUUCAGAUUGUUUUGAUUUUACUUUGUGUGGUAAUCAUUUUAUGACAUAUAACACUCUUUAUUAAAUCCUUCUCAGCCAGAUCAUAGGGUUUCCAAACAUGAUUCAUGUUUAAUCCCAUAUAAUCUAUACAUAUGACAUUUGAACACAUGAUAAUUUUUCUGCCUGAUGUGAUGAUUCUGUCUGGAAACAUGUUUUUCUUUCAUCAACAACAACAUGUUUGGUUCCGUUCAAACAUUUUAAAUUCAUCAUAGAUGAAUGUGCAUCGAUUCUUGUUUUUUACAUCAACAUAAUAAAAAUAUUGUCACGA